UUCGUUUGCCUAUAUCAAUAAGAUCUGAUAAUUAAUUGAGGUAUGAACAUAUCUUCAGUUCUACUGAUAAGGGUUGUACAAGCUAUAAAAGAAACUGAAAUCUUGUAACAAACAAUAUUCUACAGCGGUGCACAUACAGACAGAUAUAACAUACAUAAAGACUGCGGAGAUUUGAUACUGUGUUCAAUCCGAAGAAGGAGAGGAUCAACCAUGAAGUUGACAAUUGCAUCUAUAUGUUUACUUCUACUGGCUGUGGUUGGCUGUGUAAUGGUACAAGCAACAGAAUCGAUCAAUUACAACGAACCCAUUUUGCCAGAAGAUUUUCAACCCUUGAUCGGUCAGGGAUUUGCUGUGAAAUAUUUUACAAAAAAAACAAAAGAGCCAAUAGAAAACUAUAAUGAAAGGAAUAUGCAGGACAUAUACGAUGCCGGCUUCAGAAACGUACGGCUUCGGUGCUCAGCUUCGAUGUAUCCCUAUCCCUAUAAUACCCUGAAUUUCACGACACGUUUCCUCGAUAACUUGGAGAAAGUAGUGGACAAAUGCUUAGAGGUAGGAAUAGUCCCAAUCAUUUCAUGGGCAAAUACUCUGGCUUCAAACAAUGCUACUGAAGAUGACCAGGACAAUUACGUCACCUGGUGGACGAAAGUCGCAAAGAGACUGAUAACAAAAGAUUACAGAUGUGUCUUUAAUUUAUUUACUGAACUUUUAAGUGCCCAUUGCAAAAACAUUGAAGGUUGUAACAUUAACGGGACCCUCCACAAUAACAUUACAAAAUAUCUCAACUGGACGUCAAGGGUAAUAAAGGCAAUCCGAGGUACUGGGGGGAAUAAUAAAAACCGAAUCUUGAUUCUCGGGUCGCCAAAAAAAGGCGCAUCGGGGUGUCCUAUGAUAGAAAAGUACAUUUAUGAAAACGACAACUAUUUAAUGCUAGAACACCACCAUUACGCAUCAGGACCUAUCAAAAAGGCUACGAGUGGCAGGUACUGGACGGGUAAUGGAACUGAAGAACAACGAAAACUGGUCAUUGAGGAACUCGAGAUGGCAAAAGAAAAUUGUACACUGAAAGGCUAUUGGGGCGCUUGGGCAGCUUAUGAUAUUAAGAAGAAAGCCAUAUCUCAGUAUGAAAGUGAAAGUUUUUCAAAGUAUUUCGUUUCAAUGCUAAAAAGGUAUAGUGUCCCAUGGUCACUUAACGCCCUUGAUAUGUUUUACGACACAAAGACUGCAACAUGGCGGACUGAAAUUCAAGAAGAAAAAGGAGGACUUAAUAUGUCAAAAAUUUUGGAUGUUAUUAAGGAAAAUAUGUAGGAAAUAAAUGCUUUAAAGAGAA